AUGCUCAUCUUUCAGAAUCUGCUCGCCCUUCUGCUGCUCGUCAAUGUCGUGUAUGGCGCUUCAGUCCGGCUGAGCUCACGCCAGACGGACCGCAAAAGUGACAACAGCGAUAAUGCCUCAGCUACCUCUAUUUCCAAAGACGCUGGACCUCUUGGUCUCGACAAUGCGCAUUGUGAAAACGUCAAGCUAACGAUCCCUGUCAACGUGCAACUAGCCAACUUUACCAAUGUCGAUAACAGUUACUCGAACCAGUCCUAUAUUACUCGGCUUUGGAUUUCACCGAGGCUCAGGCCAACUGGACCACCGAGCAUGGCCCGAGUAGGGACGCUUGGUUCAAGUUGA